AGCGCGAGGACGCGGAGCCCAACAUGGCGGCCGCCUGGCCCGCGGGUCGGGCUUCCCCAGCAGCGGCGCCUCCCGGCCUCCUCCGCACUCUGUGGCUAGUGACGGUCGCCGCGGGACAUUGGGGGGCUGCUGCCUCUGGCGCUGUCGGGAGCGAGGAGACGCCCAAGUGUGAGGACCUCAGAGUGGGACAAUAUAUUUGUAAAGAACCAAAAAUAAAUGAUGCUACACAAGAACCAGUUAACUGUACAAACUACACAGCUCAUGUUCAGUGUUUUCCAGCACCCAGCAUAAUUUGUAAGGAUUACAGCGGUAAUGAAACACAUUUUACUGGAAAUGAAGUUGGUUUUCUCAAGCCCAUAUCUUGCCGGAAUGUAAAUGGCUACUCGUACAAAGUGGCAGUUGCAUUGUCUCUUUUUUUGGGUUGGCUGGGAGCAGAUCGAUUUUACCUCGGAUACCCUGCCUUAGGCUUGCUAAAGUUUUGCACCGUAGGAUUUUGUGGAAUUGGGAGCCUAAUUGAUUUCGUUCUUAUUUCAAUGCAGAUUGUUGGACCGUCAGAUGGAAGUAGUUACAUUAUUGACUAUUAUGGAACCAGACUUACAAGACUCAGCAUUACUAAUGAAACAUUUAGAAAAACACAGUUAUAUCCAUAAAUGCUUAAAAAGAGGAACAGAUUUGAACCUUCUUGACUUCAAUAGAGCCCCGGAUGUGGAAUUCCAGAUUUUCCUUCUCCUUAACUACCACUUUAUGGGUUCUGGAUUAUGUUUUGGUUUGUGCUCAAUUUUGAUUUGUUGAUUUAGUUAAAAGUAUUAUUCCUGGAUUUAUUUAAUGUCUUUCUUAAAAAAAAUCAGUAUAAUAGUAUUUUGUGGGCUUCUAUCUCUAUGAGAUAGCUAGCCUAUUACUGUUACUAUUAUUGUAUUACUGUAUUGUCCUUUACAUGUCACUUGUCAUUUUUAUUUGUGAAAAAUAAAAACUGUAACUUAUUCACA